AUGUCUGCCGGCUUCUCUGACUUUGACGCCGGUCAUCGCGAUUUGGUGACCGUGACCAAGUUCAACUUCUAUGGCAACCGCAUAGUUACCGCUUCAUCGGACCACCGCAUGAAGGUCUGGGACCAGAAAGAUGGCGAAUGGCAAUUGACUGAUACCUGGCGUGCCCAUGAUGCGGAGAUCCGUGAUGCAACCUGGAAUGGGCCUUUCACUGGCCAGCAUAUCGGCAGUGUAGGCGAGGAUAUGAAGUUGAAAAUAUGGCAGGAAGACGUUACUCAACCGCCAAACUCUGGCCGACGCUUCAGGAAUAUCUUCCGCUUGAUGGCGCCACAGCGGCAUCCUUACGUUUCGCUUGACUUUCGCAACAUUGACCUUGAAUCCUGGCUUGCCGUUAUAACGCGCGAUGGCUUUCUCAGGGUCAUGGAACCUGUCACUCCAGACUCGCUUGCUGACUGGCAAACUGUCGACGAGUUCAGGGUAUGCGCAGCGCCCCCGCGAGGGGAGGAGACGAGCUUCAAAGUGCAGUUUCACCAUGACCCUACAGACAUCACUCACUCCGUGUUGCCUUCCUGGGACCGGAAGAGCCUUUCGCUUGUGGUUGCAGCUAUGGAUAGCGUGAAAAUCUUCCGGACCGAUGCCAAUCGUCGCUUCUACCAUGCAAUAGAGCUUAAAGGACAUGGUGGGCUGGUCCGAGAUAUAUCUUGGGCUAACGGCUCGGUUCGUGGCUAUGAUCUCAUCGCCAGUGGGUGCAAGGAUGGCUUUGUUCGAGUCUUCGAGGUUUAUACCUCACUUUCUUCUAACAAUGCGCGGGAUUCCGACUCCAACCAUGUUCAAUCUUCAGCACAAUCUCAGUCAUCCCGCAGUACAGCGCAGUCAGGAAUAGGCUCGGCCCUCGCAAAUCGUGCCACCAUGCCCAUGAGCAGCCGGCCUGCAACUGGUGACUCGCAGUUCAAGCAUACCGCCAAAGAAGUCGCAUGCAUCGACAGCAAACAUCUUGAUGUUUGGCAAGUCGGUUUCUCCUAUGCCGGUGAUUGUCUUAUUUCUUCCGGCGACGACGGCGUUGUUAGGUUUUGGAAAAAGGCCCUGUCCGGGGAAUGGCUCGAAUACGCAGAGACGGAGAUGACUGAUGAUCAAGACAAAUGA